AUGUCGAUGGCACGCAAACUGGUGAAGACGGCGGACAGCCCGUCGUUGUGGAACUACUCCCUCUCGCCCGGUUGGACGCAGGAGACCUCCGAGAUUCUGCGAUUGGCCAUCAUCAAGUUCGGAUGUGGCAAUUGGAAGGCCAUCAUCGAGUCCAAGUGCCUGCCGGGCAAGACGAGGAGUCAGCUCAACCUCCAGACCCAGAGGAUGGUGGGCCAACAGUCCAUCGCCCAAUUCAAGGGCAUACACCUCGACACCCGCGUCGUCUGGAAGGACAUCCAGGAGAAGCAUCGAAACAACCCGAACACGUUCGUGAAGAAUGGACUGAUCAUCAACACGGGCAACAACCAGACCAAGGAGGAGAAGGACAAGCUGCGUCGUGCCAACACUAAGAAGUACAGCCUGCCGCGUAGCGACAUCGAGGCCGUCGAGCUGCAGGUGGUCGACAUCGAAGACAUCGUGGCCGAGGGCAAGGGCAAGCGCCGCCGCCUCAAGGAGCGCAAGGUGCUCGCGCCCGGCGAGGGCGAGAAGCUCAAGGCCCGGCUGCAGGUGCUGCGCGACCGCCUGGCCACGCUUGAGAAGGAGCUCAAGGACCGAGGCGUGCCGCUCACCGAGCCCAAGCGGCCGCGCCUGGGCGCCGUCAGCUCCAGGGCCACAGCUGCGACGAAGCGCAAGCGAGCAAUGGCUGAUGAUGAAGAAGAAGAGGAAGAGGAGGCCGCGUUCGAGAUCAACGAUGAUCCUGCGGCCAAGGCCGCCGGAUCUAAGAUGCGCGCCAAGGCGCCCAAGUGGGUGCCCAAGGCCGCGGCGAAUACAAACACGAACGCGAACACGACCCCGAUGAGCGAUGCCGAGACAGCCGCCUCAUGA